AAACAGGGAGUGAGACGACGACGACGUCCGUCAGUCCUUCUUGUUGUUUAGCUCUACAUUAGUGCUAAAAUAGUUAUCCAAACCGUCGGGAAAUAGACCGACUUGUUUGCAAGCGACGAACGACGCGGCGUGUGACGAAGUGAAGUCGAGGAAAAACAUCUCGGACUGUCUACUCAUUACCCAUAACCAAUGAGUCAUCUCUUCUACUGCCAUUGGCUCGCAACAUUUGUGGCGUUGUUGUUACUUCUUGCGACAGGAUCGUUUAUUGAAGAUUUUCAGAUUCAGGUGCUUAGAGACAAUCAUCCCGUGUCUAAUGUGAGUGCUAGUCGUGGUGAGAAAUUAGUGUUGGAUUGCGUGGCUCCAAAACAAGAAUUAUCUGUCGGCAAAAUUUCUCUGAAAUGGGUAAGAGGACCAUCUAAUAAAGAAGUACCAUCUGCUAAGAAACAGAGUUCAAACGAUCAGCAGUUGGAGACAGAGAUACAUGUUGCAGAAAACAACUGUGGAAUUUAUUUUUGUAUUGCGAGUGAUUCUAGGGGUAGUGUGUAUCGAAAAGCGAAAGUAUCUGUUGGUAUGGAUGGAGACUGGUCAUCUUGGUCUCAGCUGUGUGACUGCAAUCAACGUCCUCGAACGCAAAGAAAUCGAACUUGCAAUAACCCAUUACCCAUUAAUGGUGGGAAACCGUGCCCUGGAUCGAGCACGGAAGUGUGUACAUCAAAAUGUGCAGAUGAUCAUUGGAUGGAGUGGAGUGAGUGGAGUGAGUGCAGCGAUGGUAAUCAGUUUCGUACACGGCAAUGCGCAGGCUCAAAAUGUGACCAGAUUUCUAAUAAUCGCAAGGAACAAGAUUGUGUUGUAGAACGAGCAAAUCCAGAAGAGCCACAAACAUCAUCGAAACCACCACCAUCAAGGCAACGAAAAUCAUCAUCAGAUCCGUCCAAUCUCGUCAUCACCGUAGCCGUUUCGAGUGCAUUAGUUGGUCUCCUGCUGUGUGUCGCUAUUAUUGCUUGCUGGCGUCGACUUCACCUCGAACAACGUAGAGCUUACCACAGGUCCGAAGAAGACGAUGCAACCCAAGCCAUUCUCCUCUCACUCACAGACAGCGGACCGGGUAUCUCGGCCGACGACUACCCCGAAGACCCUACUCUGACUAGAGAGUUGGAUGCUGUCCCUCCGGGUGUUGCUCUGCUCCACGCACCCGGUAGCUUCGCAGAAGCUCUCCAAGGCAUUCCACCACCUCCCAAUCCCUUCUUUGUAACUCCAGGGCAAGACACACAGUUCGGCAACAACAGGAAUCAGGAAGAGAACGAUCAAAACGAAGACAACUCGACUGCUGCUCGACACAGGCAGGACCUGCAGUCUCCCGAAGAGGAGUUUGCGCACUUGAAAGAAGGAAUCACAGAAGACGAACUUCCGGUCGCGGACACAGACAAUGAUGUCCCACCGUUGGACAUCUUCUGAUCAUCACUAUUUAGUACGAAGUCACCACACACAUUCGCUUUGUUGCUGUUGUGUAUUAUUAUUAGCUACUUAUACUUAUUAUGAUCGGGUGUGUCUCGUGACAUUUUUGUACCCUAAGCGCAUGUAUUGGUGUUUGCGCUCUGUAUAGCCUCAUAAAUAUGUAAUAAAACAGUCUUAAGAAUAUUUGCAUACAACAUCCCACGCAGAGUGGAAUAGAGAGAAAUGUUUUUUGGU